AAACGACAGCCAGAAGGAUAGCAGAACCGCUUUACCAGCUGCUUCGAGCGGUCUUGCACUUCAAAAGAAAGAGCCACUGCGGCCGUCAGUAUUUGGGGAUAUCGAUGGCAACAGCAGUGGCGAUGCUAGCGGGAACGAGGGCGGCGGCGGCGAGCAUAGGUUCAAUUGUGAGCUGCUAGAGGCUAAAGAAGCGGCGAACAAAAAGAAACGUAAUAUGACCACGUUCCUGGAGGAGCUCAAGCGAGGCCAGGAGCAGAGACAGAAGAAGCAGGCUCGCCGGACGAGAUCAGGCGGGCCCCUAGGACACCCCGCCGAGCAUAAAGGCAGCAGCACUACCGGCGGCACCUCCAAACCCAGCACAAUAACCGAGGAUGCGACCACAAGCAGCCAUCCCGGCAGCUUAGAUGAUGGCGCAACCACCAACUUAUUCAUUGGCAACGUGCACCCAGACAUCGAUGAACACGGCUUGUGUGUGGCCUUUGGCAAGUACGGGCCCAUCGGCAGCGUCAAGAUAAUGUGGCCGCGCACGGCCGAGGAACACAGCAGGAACCGCAACACAGGCUUUGUCAGCUUUAUGAAUCGCGAUAGCGCCGCAAGGGCUAUCUCCAAUAUGGACGGCAGCGAUCUCGGCGGCUAUGAUUUGCGCGUAUGCUGGGGCAAGCGAGUGCCCAUUCCGUCAGAGCCCAUAUUUGUGCUUGACGAGUCUAAUCCCACCAGGAAUCCGUCGACAGGGUACCCAUUCAACGCUGUGGUGCCCAGGCAGAAGCAUGUGCAGUAUGCCAAGAUGAGCAUGCUCAUUGCUGAGGACGACGAGCAAAGCGAUAUACCCGAGGUUAUUGUCGAGAAGCCACUAGACCACCGGAUUGUUCGUCUGAUCCACUGGACCAUCGAUCAUGUGGUCGAGUUUGGUCCAGAAUUCGAAUACCUGCUGAUACUCCAGACAAAUGACGACCCGCGGUUCCAGUUCCUCGUGGACCAUAGUUCCCCCGAACACGUGUAUUACCGCUGGCGAAUGUACUCGCUGCUCAACGGCGACACGAAAAGCAAGUGGAACGAGGACAUGUUUUUCAUGUACGAUGAAGGGCCGAUCUGGAUACCGCCCAGUUCAAAGCAUAAGGUGCGCGACAUUGGCGAUGACAACGAAGGCGAUGGUAGUGAGGAAGAAAAAAGCGAAGGUGGGCCAGAUUCGGGAGUGUCAUCGAGCGAGGCGGAGGAGGAAGCCGAGCGUGACCAGGAUAUGGGCUCUCGGGAUACACUGGGCCGACGGGCACGCGAGCGACUGGAGCGGAGAGUGCACCGGGUGAGCGGGACUGAGCGCGGUGCAAUCGCUGAUGCCAUGGUUUUUGCCAUAGACCAUGCAUAUGCGGCCGAAGAUGUCGUCGAUGUCAUAUGUCGGUCUCUGCUGUCUUCCGACAGUUCUCCAGUGCAAAAACUAUGCAAGCUGUUUUUGGUGUCUGACAUCCUUCACAACUGCUCGGCGCCAGUUGCCAAUGCCUGGCGACUCAGGCAGGCGUUUGAGGUGCGGCUGACACAGCUGUUUGACGACCUGAGUACAGUUUAUAUGGCGAUUGACGCGCGGCUGAGAGCUGAGAAUUUCCGCAAGCAAGUGCUUGGUGUGCUAGCUGUGUGGGAGGCAUGGAUGAUGUUUCCCGAGGAGACUGUGCGCGCGUUGGCAGUCGCGUUUAUUAGAUAAAGAGAAGAUAGUGUAUUUGUUGUCUGUGGUUUAU